UCCCAAGAAACAUAAACAAAUCAAAUUACAAUUGCCGUUGCUGUGGUGCUUGGUUUCCUCUCGAUCUCUGAUCCCUAAUCCCUAAUCCCUUAGUCGAUCACUGCUUGCUUGCUUGUUGACUGACCUUCUUCCUCAUUGUUGGGGUCUGGCAUCGGCCUUGAGUUUCCCCCUUGGUCUCGCUCGGUCGUGGUGUCCAGCCUCAUCAUGGCUGAGCCCAGUCCAAUAGCUUUGCCCGCCCCCUCUGAUUCGACUCUCCCGCCCACUUCCACCACCGCCUCCACUUCCAAAUGGAAAGCCAGCUAUGACUCGAAACGUCGUUAUCAAUCUUCGUGGGCGUUACGCUUCAAAUGGAUCGCGCGCGCUGAAGGUCAUAGCGAGCACGCCUAUUGUCUGGUGUGUCACAAAACGCUCUUCCCCAAACUUUCCGUCCUGCAAACUCACGAUCGCGGUAACGAACAUAUCCGUCGAUAUAACGCCUCCACCCUAGUCUCUCAACCGAGUCAGGGGGCGUGGCCCGACCCCAGCCCACCCCAAGCCGAGCAGACGGACCAAGACCAGGCAGAAGAGGACGGGGCGGUGACCCCAAGCCUGGCUGAGACGCCCUUAGAGCCCAAUCUGGUUGAGGGCGGGGUCAAGGUUCAGAUUGAGGAUGCUUCGGGCAUGAUUAUCCAUACUGAUACCAUUAUGAUGUUACCCCCCGAGUUUGAUGGCGGAACAGUGGCCGAGGGUGAGAGCUUUCCCGUGCCGUUGGCCGCCUUAGGCUCGCAGAAUGUCAUUCAAAUCGCGGACCGGCCUAAGAAUGUCGAGAAAAGCGACGAUUCGAUGAAAGUGUUCCGGAAAUUGGGCAUUGAUCCCGCCAUGAAACGUGAGCUGUUGAGUUCGGAGACGGAUACCAAAGUCAUGUUGCACGACUUGGCCCAAAGUGUGUCUGUGGAGACGUUGUUGGAGGCCGUGGGUCCGGUGAUUUUUGAGCAAGUGGGUUUAUGGGACUUGAUGAUGCAAAAAGCCAAGUUAGACCACGAAUCGGCCAAUGCCAUGGAAGCUGUUAUUCAAGAGACGGAGCAGAUCCUGGCCGAGCUCAAGUUGUUGCUUGAGAAUUGCUUUGAGUUUCAGGAGGAGGUCCAGUAUGGGCGGGGCGAGCGGGUCAAGCGAAAAACGAAAAACGGCGUGACGGUGCCGCAGACUUUAGCCACGGCCAUGGAUUUGGCGGCGGGAAAUUGGCGUCAGAAGUAUAUUGAGGAUAUCAAAAACUGGACUGGUCCGUCGCGAGGCAUUCUACUGAAUAUAUCCCAAGUGAAGGAUGAAGCUCCUGUGGCCCCAGCAGAGAAACCCCCGGUCCCGCCAGUCGACGCCAUGAUUGCCGACAAAGGUGCGGAUGACCUAGAUCCGGAGUUCAAGGUCACCAAACCCGAGAACACGCGCAAGAAGCGACGCAUGUCGUGUGGUAAAUGUGGGAAAAUGUAUCGUUUUAAGGAGUCCUUGCGGAAACACGAAGAAUCGUGCGCGGCUCUAUUGCGCUAUAAGAAACGUGGCAUCAAGUUCUUCUGUAUGUAUAAAGAUUGCUCCAUUCCAACCCAAGCUUUUGUCACCAAAGAGGAUUUGGUAGUUCACUUUGACCAAGAGCAUUUCGAAGAUAAGGAUCGGACCAUUGGGUGCUCUUAUGAAGGCUGUCCUCAGAAGUUUGCCACCAUUUCACUUAUGAAUGGUCAUGUUCGGAAAUGCCAUCAGAAACGAAGCCAGUGUCCUCUUUGUCCGAAGAAGUUUUGGAUGGAACGAGCUCGAGAUCUGCACGUGAAGAAGAUUCACGAGCGACCCAAAACGCAAGAAGACAUCGACAAAGAUCCAUUAGGCCUUGGAAAAGAGAGCACGUUAUGUCGAAAAUGCGGCAAGAUGCUCUCCAAGAAUUACAUGCUCACCCACGAAUCUCGUUGUGACGGAUUGUUUGUCCGACAUCCUCAAUGGAAGAAACAGGGUGACGAGUACAUUUGCACCACCGACGGCUGCUCCAUCAACCACGGCUUCACGUGUCUGUACGGCUUGCGGGUCCACUUCCAAAGCACCCAUUUACGUGAAGACGAGAUGAUCUACGGGUGCGAGUUUUGUGAGGAGCGAUUUCCAGACAAGAUCUCGCGAAACAAGCACGUCAAGCAACAACACGUCAAACCCUACCAAUGUGAUAACUGCGGGCGACGAUUCGGAGCCCGCAGUAAAUUGGAAAGCCAUCGACUCACUCAAACAGGCGAGAAGCCUUUUCAUUGUGAUCGGUGCGAGUAUCGGACGGCCAAAAAAUACAAUUUGGAUGAGCAUAAGCAAAAGAAGCAUAACGAUCUCGGCGGUAGGAACUAUUAUUGCGGUCUCUGUGGGAAGGUGUUCAUCACGCCUGGUCGCCUCACCAGUCACUUCAGAAUUGUCCACGAGGAUGGCAAGAACCCCGAAGGUACGAGGAAGAAGACCAAACCCUUGGACAAACUUCAGCCCAUGAUCGUGUCGUCACAGCCUCAGAUUAUCAUUCAAGGGCAAGACGGAAUCGAAACGCCUCAAGUUGAGCAAGAAAUCGCUGUGGACUUCAUUACAACCACUCUGAAACACGGGCCAGGAGACUCGGAAGAAGUGGAAUUCACCAUGGUUUGAAACCUAAUUACCUGAAUUUAGCUAUUUUUAUAUUCAUCAUGCCAAAAUAUCACCCAAAAACGCGCCAACCAAG